UUUUCCCGAUACCACAAGAUAUGAAAGAAGACGAAUUAAAUGGUUUAGAAUCUUAUUCUACAAUCGAAAAAAACCAUGUUUGGUUAAAUAAAGGUGUGAUUACUGAUCCAGAUGGCAUGCUAUACAACAAUGGAAAGAUCACUAAUAUACGAUUGCCAUCAAAGCUGAUGGAAAACUUUGGAGGGAUUCUGUGCUUACCGGAUGGCACUUUCUUUCUCGGAAACGAACACGUAUAUGGAUCGAAACUUCUCAUACGAAAUUGCUACUUGCAGUUGCUCGAGAUAAUCGAAAAGAAUCGUAAAGCGGGUGGCCCAGCUUAUAUUGGUUGCGCAAUUACUGGUACACCUGGUAUCGGAAAGACAUACUUUGGUUUAUAUCUCCUCUUUUAUAUUCAUUACAAAUAUUCUAAAGCAACAAUUAUCUGGAGAGGUAAUGAAAAUAAAUGCUAUCGAUUCUCGCCAGAUGGUAAUGUGCAAAAAGGGGAUUUCGGCAUGUUUGAAGAGGCGCUAGAUAAUUCUGAUAACUACUACAUUGCUGAUGCACAUACUAUGACACUUUGUUCAGCCUAUAAGAUCCUGCUCACAUCACCAAAGGUAGAAAGAUUCAAUGAGGCUGUAAAAUGGGGUGGUUUUACCCAGUAUUUUAUGCCAGUUUGGGAACUCGAAGAAAUUACCGCACUUUGGACUCUUCUUUAUAAAGGCAAGAAAAAUAGAGAAGGCAAGGAGUUCACGUUUGAAUUACUCGGGAUCCUUCUGGAAAAGUGGGGACCUAUACCCAGGUCAAUUCUUUUAAAAUGGGACGACGAAACAUAUCAGGAGAGAUACGACACUCUGAUUGCUGAAGCCAAUUUGGAAAACUGCAUAAACUCUAUUGAUAAGGAAGGCAUGCCUAAAGAUACAGCUAGUGGUAAACUCGUACACCUUGAUGUAUAUCCAACAUUAAAAAAAGCUGUGUGUCGUCUUGCUUCUCCGGUGAUAUCUAACCAAAUAAUCCAGAACUAUGAAACUAAAACAAGGAUGAGUGUUCGUGAUUUUAUCAUGAGCAGUUAUAAAUGUCCAGGUGUUGCUGGAUUUCGAGGCAAUCUCUUCGAAGAUCUUGCCCAUCUGGAAUUGCAAAAGGGUGGCAAAUUUAGGGUGCGAUGUCUGAAUCAUAACUCAGAGACAACCGAAAGAAAUGUCAAGAAACUGGAGUGUAAUUGGUUCAUGACACUGAAUGAAGCACGUAAAGAUUAUUAUAAUAGGCCAAAAUCAAAAACAUAUGCAUCGAUUGAUUCUUUUGGCUUUGAUAACGAUAACAACACUUUGGAUUUGUACCAAAUUACUGUCUCAACGAAUCACGGCGUAAAGGUAAAAGGUCUUAAUGACUUCUAUCGUUUCCUCUCGUGGAUAAAAGAUGUGGAUAAAGUUAAUCUAUACUUUGUUGUGCCAUCAGACAUCUUUAAAAGUUUUCCUCCGCAAAAAUACAAGACAGCUAAAGAUGAAGAUUAUCAGAAAAUUCCGGAAUGGAUUAAUAAAAUAACUCAAUAUGCAUUAAAGAUCAACUUUGAUUCAGGACAGUGGCGAUCUAGUGAUAUGAUGUUGGAAGUCAAGGAAACAUCAAAGAUCAACGUGGGUUCAGGGCAGUGUAAUCUGAAGCGCUCCCGUGAUAUUAUGUUGGUAGACAAUGAAAAUGAUGGGGAAGCUCAGGAGGAAGAAAUGGAUAAAAAACGAACGAAAAAGUAG